UCUCGAAUUAACUUGUUAGUUUCUAAUAUCUACCUUUUGCAACACCAUGGCAGGUUCUCACCUAAAUUCCAUAAUCCUGAUUCUUGUUUCUGUCAGCUUAGCAUCAUUUAGCGGGAACAUCAUUGCUGAGGCACGUAAACUUGCAGAGAUGCCUGAGCUUCCCAUGUUUCCAAAGCCUGAGCUUCCGGUGCUUCCUAAGCCUGAGCUUCCUGUCAUUCCUAAGCCUGAGAUUCCCGUACUUCCUAAACCUGAGCUUCCUGUCAUUCCUAAUCCUGAGCUUCCCGUGUUUCCAAAGCCUGAGCUUCCCGUGGUUCCUAAGCCUGAGCUUCCCGUGUUUCCAAAGCCUGAGAUUCCUGUUCUUCCAAAGGCCGAGCUUCCCGUGCUUCCAAAGCCUGAGCUACCUGAGGUUCCAAAACCUGAUGUUCCUGUAGUUCCAAAGCCUGCUGUGGUUCCUGAGUUUCCAAAGCCCACGUUUCCCGUCAUUCCGAAGCCCACAUUGCCAGAGUUGCCUAAGGAUUUUCCUAUCCCUUCCGUUACCCAUCCAUAAAGUAAUGCUUUUUGCAAAGCUAGAUGUCUAUUGAUUCACCUUACAAGUGCUACUUUUAGUACCUAGAUCUCUGUGGAAUGCUGAUGAUGUUUGGAUGAUUAUUUAUUUGUUUUCAGAGUUAUAUAUUAUGGUCAUUUAUACAUGUAUUUCAUUAAAAUAUUGAUUGCAGAAUGUGUUUGAUUUUUGUA